AUGACUAUGAAGGAAAUGAUGCGUCACGUGCUGUGUGUACUGGUUCUCAUGUUGUGCUGCGCCUAUGGAUGUGUGCGGGCUGAUCCACAAAAACCUAAACCUCAACCUUCCACUGAGGAUCAAGCAGCUGGGUAUGGUGUUGGUAACAGUGGUACUGCGCCCGCUUCUGGUGCUGUUCCUGGUGGUCUUGGUCCUGGUACUGGUUCUCAAACUCCUUCAAAUACGUCUCGCCUCGGUACUGGGAUUCCUGGUGUAGGUGUUGGAGACCCCAUGAAAGGUAUCGCGUCUCACCAUGUUACGGUUGAUACUCCGACUGAUUGUACUUCCACUGGCACUAAGGAUGUAGGGGGUAAGGCUAUUCCAUGUGUUCCACCUUUUCCUGGUACAACCACGACAGCGACCAGUACAACUGAGACCGUUGCUGGUGCUCUGGCAAGUAGUGCGAGUCGUGACGGUGGUGUUCAACCACAGCAACCACUGCCUCACACUGGUAUUAAUUCCCCGCUGACGCCUAGCACAGAAUCAAAACUUCCCUGUGGUGGAAAUGUUUCCUCUGGAACCGGUGUUGGUCCACUUAAUGAAAACACUCAGUGCACAGCUGGUGUUCCUGGCGCUGUUGUUUCAAAUGGUGAUGGUAAGUCUAGCUCACAUAGUGGUACCAACGUUACCCACUUAGAGAAUGAAGCACUUCAUUCUGACCGUGAAGAUAAU